CCGUGGGGAUCCCGGGGGGUGGCCGAAGGGCCCUUGAGGACUCGGGUUCACCCAGGCAACAUGGAUCGGAUGGCCAGCUCCAUGAAGCAGGUGCCUAACCCUCUGCCCAAGGUGUUGAGCCGGCGUGGGGUCGGUGCGGGGCUGGAGGCGGCGGAGCGCGAGAGCUUCGAGCGGACUCAGACGGUCAGUGUCAAUAAGGCCAUUAAUACGCAGGAAGUGGCUGUGAAGGAAAAACACGCCAGAACGUGCAUCCUGGGCACCCACCAUGAGAAAGGGGCACAGACAUUUUGGUCCGUGGUCAACCGGCUGCCUCUCUCCAGCAAUGCCAUGCUCUGUUGGAAAUUCUGCCACGUAUUCCACAAGCUGCUCCGAGACGGACACCCAAACGUCCUGAGGGACUCUCUCAGAUACAAAAAUGAACUAAGCGACAUGAGCAGGAUGUGGGGCCACCUGAGCGAGGGCUAUGGACAGCUGUGCAGCAUCUACCUCAGACUGCUAAGGACAAAGAUGGAAUUCCACACCAAGAACCCCAGGUUCCCGGGCAAUCUUCAGAUGAGUGACCGACAGCUGGAUGAGGCUGGGGAAAGUGACGUCAACAACUUUUUCCAGCUCACAGUGGAGAUGUUUGACUACUUGGAGUGUGAAUUGAACCUCUUCCAAACUGUGUUCAACUCCCUGGACAUGUCCCGCUCCGUGUCCGUGACGACGGCCGGGCAGUGCCGCCUCGCCCCUCUGAUUCAGGUCAUCCUGGACUGUAGCCACCUGUAUGAUUACACCGUCAAGCUGCUCUUCAAGCUGCACUCCUGUCUCCCAGCGGAUACCCUUCAGGGCCACCGGGACCGCUUCAUGGAGCAGUUCACCAAGUUGAAAGAUCUGUUCCACCGUUCCAGCAAUCUACAGUACUUCAAGCGACUCAUUCAGAUCCCCCAGUUACCCGAGAACCCACCCAACUUCCUACGAGCGUCGGCCCUGUCGGAGCACAUCAGCCCCGUGGUGGUGAUCCCGGUGGAAGCCUCGUCCCCAGACAGCGAGCCCGUCUUGGAGAAGGAUGAUCUCAUGGACAUGGAUGCCUCUCAGCAGAGUUUGUUUGACAACAAGUUUGAUGACAUCUUCGGCAGCUCACUGAGCAGCGAUCCCUUCAAUUUCAACAAUCAAAACGGUGUAAACAAGGAUGAGAAGGACCACAUGAUUGAACGCCUGUACAGAGAGAUCAGCGGGCUGACGGCGCAGCUGGAGAACGCAAAGACUGAGGGCCAGCGGGGCGUGCUGCAGCUGAAGGGCCGCGUGAGCGAGCUGGAGGCAGAGCUGGCCGAGCAGCAGCACCUGGGGCGUCAGGCCUCUGAUGACUGCGAGUUCCUGCGCACGGAGCUGGACGAGCUGAAAAAGCAGCGAGAGGACAAGGAGAAGGCACAGCGGAGUCUGACUGAGAUAGAAAGGAAGGCCCAGGCCAAUGAACAGCGAUACAGCAAGCUAAAGGAGAAGUACAGUGAACUGGUUCAAAACCACGCUGGCCUGCUGCGGAAGAAUGCAGAGGUGACUAAACAGUUGUCCACGGCCAGGCAAGCCCAGGUGGAUUUGGAAAGAGAGAAAAAAGAGCUGGAAGAUUCCUUCGAGCGCAUAACUGACCAGGUCCAGCGGAAGACCCAAGAGCAGCAGGACGUUGUGGAGAGCUUGAAGCAAGAACUUGCCACCAGUAGACAGGAGCUGCAGGUUCUCCAUAGCAACCUGGAAACCUCUGCCCAGACAGAAGCCAGGUGGGUGACGCAGAUUGCGGAACUAGAGAAGGAACGAGAAGGCUUGGCGACUGUCGCAAUUCACCGAGAGGAGGAAUUAUCGGCCCUGCGAGAGCAGCUGGAAUGCACCCAGAUCAAACUGGCCAGUGCCCAGGAAUCUGUGUCCCAGCUUGCAGAGGACCAGCGGAAAAUGCUACUGGUAAGAUCCAGGGAGGCUGCAGAGCAGGUGAUUCAGGAGGCGCUGAGCCAGCUGGAGGAGCCCGCCCUCAUCAGCUGUGCGGGAUCUGCAGAUCACCUUCUCUCCAAGGUCAAGUCUGUUUCCAGCUGCCUCGAGCAACUGGAAAAGAACCACAGCCAGUAUCUGGCCUGCCCAGAAGACAUCGGUGGGCUUCUGCACUCCAUGACCCUGCUGGUCCACUUGACCAGUGACACCAUCAUUCAGGGGAGCAGCACCAGCCUCCGGGCCCCACCAGAGCCUGCAGACUCUCUGACCGAGGCCUGUAGGCACUUUGGCAGGGAGACCUUGGCCUAUCUGUCCUCCCUGGAAGAGGGAGCCACAGAGAACCCCAACUGCACGGCCAUGAGGAACUGUCUCAGCAAGAUCAAGGCCAUUGGCGAGGAAUUGCUGCCCAGGGGCCUGGACAUCAAACAGGAGGAGCUGGGGGACCUGGUGGACAAGGAGAUGGCUGCCACUUCGGCUGCCAUUGAAGCCGCCACUGCCCGGAUUGAGGAAAUGCUCAGCAAAUCCCGAGCUGGAGACACAGGAGUCAAGUUGGAGGUGAACGAAAGGAUCCUGGGCUCCUGUACCAGCUUGAUGCAAGCCAUCCAGGUCCUGGUGGUGGCCUCCAAGGACCUCCAGAGGGAGAUCGUGGAGAGCGGCAGGGGUACUGCAUCCCCGAAAGAAUUUUAUGCCAAGAAUUCUCGGUGGACAGAAGGGCUGAUUUCUGCCUCCAAAGCUGUUGGCUGGGGAGCUACCAUCAUGGUAGACGCUGCAGACCUUGUGGUACAAGGCAAAGGGAAGUUUGAGGAGCUAAUGGUGUGUUCUCGUGAGAUUGCUGCUAGCACCGCCCAGCUGGUGGCUGCAUCCAAGGUGAAAGCUGGUAAGGGUAGCCACGGCCUGACCCAGCUUCAGCAGGCUUCUCGGAGGGUGAACCAGGCCACGGCCGAGGUGGUGGCUUCCACCAUUUCUGGCAAAUCUCAGAUCGAGGAGACAGACAAUAUGGACUUCUCAAGCAUGACGCUGACCCAGAUCAAACGCCAGGAGAUGGAUUCCCAGGUGAGGGUGCUGGAGCUAGAAAACGACCUGCAGAAGGAGCGUCAAAAGCUAGGAGAGCUUCGGAAAAAGCAUUACGAGCUUGCUGGUGUUGCUGAGGGCUGGGAAGAAGGGUCAGAAGCAAGAUCUGCGCUGCCAGACCCAGUGCCUGAGAAAGAAUAGAGCCGAGCCAGCGCCCCGUUCGCCAGAAUUCUUUUGCAUUUCAUCAUUUGCACAAACCUGUGAGCAUCCAAGGUCUGAUGGAUUCCACCCACACCAGAAGGCGGUCUGAAUCCACGCUCAGAAGAACAGGGAAGGAGUUGGGGGUUCCCCCCACCCCCCGCAGAGCACGCCAAAGCAAGGCCCCUCCCCACUUUUGGCAAUUCCAAGGAUUCCCACUGCUUCUUGUGGUGGUCGUUUGGGUCUUUUGGUUUUACAUUUUGGAAAGCUUCACUCACACAACGAACUUUCCCAAAGGGCACCUACCAACCCCCCCACACACACACCCUCCAUCUGGAACUCUGAGCCUUCCAGGAGGGGGAACCCCCCACACACACACACACACACAUUAUGGUGCCCUUUAGGCUAGGCCUUGGUGCUCCAGCUCAGCUGCUUCCGGUCAGCCUUGGUCACUCCCCCAGGGCUGGUGACAGCUCUCCUCAAAAGGCAGUAAUCGUCUAGUGAGUGCCUUUCCUUCCUCAAGCUGGACGUCAGCUCUAUGCUUCUGUCCAUCUUCACAAGCCAGGGGACAUCAGAGAAAUAGAACAGGAUGCCCAGGGCCCAGCUGUUGAGGGCCAUCUCCCUUAGGAGCUCCUGUGACGAGGCUCACCUCCCUUCCUCACAUGCUCGAGUGGAGCUGGUGUGAAUAGCAACACUACAACCCCAGAGGGAACUACCCAUGCCAUACCACCCGGGUUGCCUCCCUUCAAACCUAGGCAGUUCCCCAAGGGAGCACAGGAAAGGACUGGAAACAGUUCCUUCCCCAGGCAUCCUGUUGAACUAGGAGACGAUAGUUCCGAGUGCUACUUAUUCCACACGCCCACAAGAUCAGGCCUGUUUGCUCCCAUCAGGAGAGAACUUGGCUCGGCGUAGGACCCUUCGUAUUUAUUACUGCCCUUCCAAGUACCAACACCCCACAGAGAUGCUUGGGAGCAAUGCAGGCCGCAGGUGACUGUGGCCAGACGUGCCCGGCUGAGCCCUCCAACCUCAGUCUUCCCUCCCUCUCCCCCCUCCCAUCACAGACAAGGCCAAGGUGUCACCUCUGGUCAGUUGCAGUCUUGGAAUUCCAAAGCAGGCUGGUUGGUUUCUCAAAGCAUCAAAGAGCAGGGGAAACAAGUACAGUGGACCAGUGGUUAUGACUGCCUGCCUCUGGCCGCCCUGCAGCCAGGAUGGGACAGAGGACAGCCACCUAGAUACAAGCAGUCCGAUAGCACUUUGCCACGCUCAAAAUGGAACCCCUGAAAUUAAGUGACCUUCUGAUCCGGGGAUGGGGGGGAGAGGCUUCCAUGUUAUCUAUAGCAGCUCAUAGGUAGGAGCCAGCAGGUGCUUCCCUUUGACCUGUCCCCAAGUUGCAGAGUGACAAGCUGUGAGAGUUCUGUCUGAUCGCUGGGAAGAGCCUCUCCCUCCCUUCCCCACCCACCCUCCAUCUCUGAGCAUUUUCUGAAAACUGUCCCAGAAACCAAGACGACCAUUUUCCAAACAUGUUGACCACGCCCCCCCCACACACGCUGGGCUAAAGGAAUUGUCCGUGGUAGUCACAGGGCAGUGUUGUGUUGGUUGAUACAGUGUCAGGACUUAACAUUUCUUAAGUUCAAGGGUCAAAAUAAGCAGUAUGUAGCACCCUUGGGCCCAUUUGUGCCAACUAGGCUGAUCUGUGUGUUCUGUGUGGAUCAGCUUUUCCAGAGUUCUAGACUCAACUGUUCUCACUUGUGGGUCAUAGUCAAAGGAGAAACCAAGUGUAUUUCAAUAGGGCAGGAUUCUCUGCAGAGCGCCUUUUCUAAAAAGAGGUCACAGUUAUUUCUAAGACCCUAGUGAGUUCUGCCUUGCGCCUUGAGCACAGGGUGAUUCAGUGCCACACGUGUCCCUGCUUGUCCAAUGUCAUAUAAUUGCUUGGAUAAUAGCUCACUCAGGUUAGCAACUGUGAUAGGCUUAAACUGGGCGUGGUGGUGCAUGUCUGUAAUUCCAGCACUUCAGGGGCUGAGCCGGGAGGGUCAUAAAUUCUAGGCCAGCCUGGGCUGUGGUGAUGAGCUUGAGGUCAGCCUGAGUUGUGGAUGAGUGUGGACUGAUCCUAACUAGGCAGGAAAGUGGCAAAAUAAUGGUUUGGGAUUGAAAAGGGAUUCAAAGUGAGCUGCAUUUGACAUUGAAUCGGGCAACAUGGAGCUCUAUGAGCAAGGACCUUGAAUUAGACAUGGUGGUACCUGCCUGUCAAUGCUAGCACUUGGGAGGCUGAGGCAGGAGGAUUUGUUAAUUCAAGGCUAACUGGGCUACAUACUGAGACCCUGACUCCAAAAAAAGUUUUUUAAAUUAUUUAUUUGAGAGAGAGAAAGAG